GCCGCCGGACUCCGCAGUCCGGGCCUGGGGCUGGGCGCCGCCCGGGAGCCCUGCACCACGCCGGCCCGGGACGCCCAGGCCGGGGACCCAACCCCCGGCCCGCAGUGGCGGUUCCCGAACCCGGACUGGCGGAAGCGGAGCCAGCCGCGCCGGAGCGGGCGCCUCUAGGCCACCAGAUGUUCGCCAUCCAGCCAGGGCUGGCUGAGGGGGGCCAGUUCCUGGCAGGCCCGCCCCCUGGAGUAUGUCAGCCCGAGCUCCAAGCAGACAGCAACUCCAACUUCAUGGCAAGUGCCAAGGAUGCCAAUGAGAAUUGGCAUGGGAUGCCAGGCAAAGUGGAACCUAUCCUGAUAAGGAGUUCCUCUGAAUCGUCCUCUGACAACCAGGCCUUCCAGGCCCCUGGACUGCCCGAGGAAGGGGUCCGCAGCCCCCCAGAGGGGGCAGAGAUUCCUGGGGCUGAGCCUGAGAAGAUGGGUGGUGCUGGCACUGUCUGCUCCCCUCUGGAAGACAACGGCUAUGCCAGCAGCUCCCUGAGCAUCGACAGCCCUGGCAGCAGUCCUGAGCCUGCCUGUGGGACCCCUCGAGGCCCUGGCCCCCCUGAUCCCCUUCUGCCCUCGGUGGCCCAGGCUGUGCAGCAGCUGCAGGCGCAGGAGCGCUACAAAGAGCGGGAGAAGGAGAAGCACCACGUGCACUUGGUGAUGUACCGUCGCCUGGCACUGCUCCAGUGGAUCCGGGGCCUGCAGCACCAGUUGGUUGACCAGCAGGCACGGCUGCAAGAGAGCUUCGACACUAUCCUAGACAACCGAAAGGAGCUUAUCCGCUGUCUCCAGCAGAGGGCAGCACCAUCCAGGCGGCAGGACCAGGGCUAGGCAUGUGCCUCCACAAGUGUGCAAGGCUAUGUGUGUAUAUUUGCAGGCAUGUGUGUGGUUGUGCACAGUAAGUACAUGAUUGUUUGCUGGCAUGAGUGCAGGUAAGCAUAAGAGUGUGUAUGUGCUAACAUAUAGGCAGGUAUGUGUAGGCAUAUGUGAUUAAGCAUGUGUAAAUGAGCUUAAGUGUGCUGUGUGUGCACAUGUGUACACACAAGCUAACUUAUAAGCAGACCUAUGUGUGAGUGUGUAAGAGUGAACAUACAUGUGUGUAUCAUGUUUGUAAGAGUAAAUUUGUGUGUAUAUAUGUGUGUGGACGGGUACCCAGCUGUGUGUGUAUAUGUGCAUGAGUGAGGAUGUAUAUGCCAAGGAUGUGUGUGCAUUUGAGUAAGUUUGAGUGUGCGGGCUUGUGUUCAGUGUAUGUGAGUGAGACCUUGUGCAGGCCUGUGUGUAGGGGUGUUUGUGUGCAGGUGCAAGCAUGGGAAGUGCUUUAGGAGCAUGUGCAUUUGCAGGCAGACCAUUGAACAGGUGUGUGCCAGUAUAUAUCCAGUUGCACCUAUGGGGCAUCCACCCACACCCUAUGUUACCCAUGGCUUACCCCAGCCUUUUUUCUCCACUGUGUCCUGCUGCUUCCUGGAGAGAGGGCUAGCCUGCUGUCAUUUAUAGGAGGGUUGUAGCUGAUCCAUUUCUCCUGGGAUUUCCCAAGCUGCUUCUCCUCUCCCUUCCCCUCACCUAACCCAGACCUUGCUAUGCUAAGGCUAUUGUCUCUGAUGUUGGCUUUGCUGUAAGAGGUUUAGUGGCUGCCCUGGCCUGCCAUGGCAUUUUUGCCUGGCUGUAAUUAUGUCAGGGCAGUUGGUGGAGAAUUGGUAUCAGGGAGGGGAACUGGGGGUGGUGAUAGAGAUGAUGGCGGGGGUGGGGGUAGAUACAGAGAAGGAGAUAGGGGACUGUCUCUCUUGAAUUCUGCCUUUGGGCAUACAGGAGAUGAGUGUGGGGGAGAUGACAGUGGCACAACCCUGUGAAGAACAGGAGGAUGGGAAUUCUCAAAUGCCAGUUCCCAAACAAACCAUACCUCUCCACUGGGUUGAAAACCAUAUUGAUUUAAGCUUCUGAGGAAAAGAAACGUGUGUUUAUUAGCUUCCAAGUAAUAGACAGGCUGUUGGGGAAAAUCUCACUUCCCUCUCUGUGCCUCUACCUUGCUGUGCCUCUCUGGCUCUAGCGACAUUGGAGGUCAAAUUGAUUUAGUCCACCUCUCUGAAAUCAGACUGUCAAGAGGAGCCAGAGCUCGGCUUUCCAGGGUAGGAAGGGGGCAGUGUUGUCAGCCCAGCUUCUAGAAGUUCUUAGGAUGCUGGUCAAAGCCACUUCUUCCACUGCACUGCCUUGAAGCAGAGAUUGCCAGGCUCCUGCACGGGCUGAGUUGGAAAGUGGGUGUGUCUCAGGGAGAACCAACGACUAAGAUAGCCAAGCCCUCUGCCUUGCCCCUGGGAGCCAAAAGAAUGCAAAGUCCUGUUGGGUGAACAGUGGCACGGAAGUCACCGAUGCUGCCUUUGGCCCUCAGUGUCCCUAUCUGCAAAAUGUGGGGGCUCUUCCUGUCUAUCGCUAAAAAGUUUCCUCCCUGACGGGUGGGUGGAAGGUAGAGGGAGCGGGGCUGAAGCAUGGGCCCUGGAACUUGUGUCUGUACCUCUUGCAUGUUGAGUGUGAACCUGGCCUCUGGGACGACCCAGGAUGAAUAAACUGGGGCAGAGAAUUAAA